UUGCAAACGCAGGUUGGUAUUUCUUGAGCAAUAGGAAAUGGCAAACGCAGGUUGCGAGAAUAUUCAAAGGAUAAUGAAACGCACACUGUACACAUUUUUGAAAGUCUUCUAAAAUAUGAUAUGGUUACAAAUACGAAAAUAUUAACUAUUCAACACAAUAUAUGACUACGGAACUUCAAUUGAGGACAUUUAAACAGAGCGGAAAUAUGCUUAUCAACACAUUAAGUACUGUUACAAGUAUAUUGAACCACAACGUGCGUUGCCUCCUUUAAGCGGACCUCGAAUGACGCUAAACGCGCCAAAACUCACGAAAAUCCCGUGCAUUAGUAAACACGCAUGUUUAUUGAACUGUGACGAAAAGAAUAGCAGAUAGUGUGUCACAUCCAAUCACUUGCGUUUCAUAUCUCUUUUGGUGUAGUCUUUAAAACUUUAUAAAAACAUUUUAGAAAUAUAUUUUAACAAAAAGUAAUUCUUUCAUUACAGAAACAUGACGCUCGUGUGUGAAAUCUGUGGAAAGACAUUUAAAUCGAAGUGGGGGUUAAAGCUUCAUGAUAAGCGCCACAGAGGGACUGGACGAUUCGCCUGUUGUGGAAAAACAUUUUACACAAAACAGGCGUUCAACAGACACAGAUGCAGCAUUCAUGGUGUUGAAAAGCCGUUCCCCUGUGAACAAUGCGGCAAAAAGUUUUCAACCAAAGAUGACCUGAAUCGUCACGUCCGGAGGGAGGUUGCUGCAAAGCAAUUUACCUGCUCAAUUUGCAAUGCAACGCUCCGGGAGAAAAUUGACCUUCAGGCCCACCUUGCCACCCACAAUGGAGAGAAAAACUUUGCUUGUGAUAUGUGUGAAAAGAGGUACAGGCACCGCAGUAGUCUAUCAAAGCACAGAUCUGCAAAGCACCGGGCCUAGUCAUCUGUUGCAUGACGAUGAUAAGACCAAGAAUUAUUUUUAAUUCUUACCAAUGUGCCGUGGUUAUUUUCUUAAUUAUUGAAAAUACAGACUGUCAUACAAUAAUAUAUAGUAUUACGCGUGUUUUUGCGUCUUAAACAUUGUGUUUCAUAUCGUUUAUCUUGUGUUGUUUUGUUUGAUAUUCCUGUUUUUAAUAAGAUUAUUGUUGUAAUAUUUAUCAUUCUAAUUUAAAAUGAUUAUGAUAAUGGUUGAUCUCAUACAAAUUAUUGUGUUCAUUAUUGCUCAUCUGUGAUUACUGUUGAUCUCAGCCCAUGAAUUGUGAUUUAUAUUGAUUAUCUGUGAUUAUUGUUGAUCUUAUCAAAAUAAUUGUAAUUUAUGUUGAUUAUCUGUGAAUUUUUUAUCUUAACCUAUUAAUAGUGAUUUAUAUUAUCUGUGAUUAUUGUUGAUCUUAUCAAAAUCAUUGUGAUUUAUGUUGAUUAUCUGUGAUUAUUGUUGAUCUCAACCGAUUAAUUGUGAUUUAUAUAACCAGUGAUUAUUGUUGAUCUUUUCAAAAUCAUUGUAAUUUAUGUUGAUUAUCUGUGAUUAUUGUUGAUCUUUUCAAAAUCAUUGUAAUUUAUGUUGAUUAUCUGUGAUUAUUGUUGAUCUUUUCAAAAUCAUUGUAAUUUAUGUUGAUUAUCUGUGAUUAUUGUUGAUCUCACCAUAUCCGCUGGAAUAUACAUUUGAGCCGCGCUCUGUGAAAAGGGGGUUUAAUGCAUGUGCGUAAAGUGCAGUCCACAUAGGCUAAUCAGGGACGGCACUUUCCGCUUUUAUGAUAUGUUUUGUUAAAAGAAAGUCUCUUCUGAGCAAAAAUCGAGUUUAUCGGAAAGGUUUGUCCCUAAUUAGCCUGUACGGAAUGCACAGGCUAAUAUGUGACGACACCUUACGCACAUGCAUUAAACCCCCUUUUCACAGAGCGAGACUCAUUUGUAAUCUGCGAUUUUUGUUUAUCUAUUUCGAAUCAAUAUGAUUAAAAUAUAUUUUUGGUGAGUUAGCUUUUUGUCUCAUUGGAAUCAUUGUGCGAAUUGUCAACAAUUACAUGUAAAUCUGUAAUUCCUUCUCAAGUUGCACAUAGGCCAGUUUAAUGUUUUGCGUAUAAGCUAUUAUUGCGAUACGGGAUAUUCUUUGCAGCAAUAAAACAAUUAAUCUGCA